AUGCGCAUAGGGUAUGAACGUGCUAUGGGUGGCGGUGGUAAUGAUCAAAAUCCCCCUCCACCACCAGGAACUCCAAUACCUUCACCCCGACUGGGAAUUUGUGAAAAUAGAUUUAUUCGAAGAGAAAGUGCAAGAAAAGAAUUAGCAGAAGGAAGAAGUGCGUCAUUAGGGCCUUUAAGGCAGCGGUCUGAUAAAUUAAUGGUGACAGAAAAUUUAAAUAAUUUGUGAAGUUUUU